UCUCUCUCUCUCAAACCUUGUACUUGUCUGGUGAGCCAAGCUGAAAGCUCAAAAUACAAUCUUUCUGCAAGAAAUUAUGUUAAGCAAAAAUGUCUCCAUUUCAAGAGCUUUGCUUGCUCAGAGCUUCUACAGGUUACUAUCAACCCAGACUGGAAGCAAACUAGAAGGCAAGGUAGCAUUGAUAACUGGAGGAGCAAGUGGCAUAGGAAAGGCAACUGCAGCAAAAUUUAUCAACAAUGGUGCUAAAGUUGUUAUUGCUGAUAUCCAACAUCAACUUGGCCAACACACUGCAAAAGAGCUUGGAACCAAUGCUACUUUUGUUGCCUGUGAUGUCAUUAAAGAGUCUGACAUAUCCAACGCUGUUGAUUUUACCAUCUCUAAGUACAACCAACUUGAUAUCAUGUACAACAAUGCAGGGGUGCCCUGCAAAACUCCCCCAAGCAUUGUGGACCUUGAUCUGGCAGUUUUUGAUAAAAUCAUGGACAUCAAUGUGCGGGGAGUCAUGGCUGGGAUCAAACAUGCAUCACGUGUGAUGAUCCCAUGUCAAACUGGAUCAAUUCUCUGCACAGCUAGUGUUACAGGAAUAAUGGGUGGGUUAGCAUAGCACACAUAUUGUGUGUCCAAAUUUGCUGUUAUAGGCAUUGUUAAGUCUGUGGCUGCAGAGCUAUGCAAGUAUGGAAUCCGGAUGAAUUGUAUAUCACCAUUUGCCAUUCCAACUAAGUUUGUAAUGGAUGAAAUGAGUCAGGUUUUUCCUGGUGUAGAUGAUCGACGGCUUGUGGAAGUGGUUACUAAUGCUGGUGAUUUGGAGGGAACUAGUUGUGAACCCACUGAUGUAGCUAAUGCUGCGCUCUAUCUUGUUUCUGAUGAUGCCAAGUAUGUUAGUGGGCAUAAUUUGGUAUUAGAUGGAGGCUUUACAUCUUUUAAGCAUUUGGGGUUUCCUGCACCAGAUGAAAUGCAGUAAAAAUUUGAACAGAGAAACUAGAAACAGAAAUUUGCGAGUAUAAGGAGCACAAAUGAAUGUAUUCACAUCCAUUCCUUUUAAUUGACUCUAGUUUACAUGUCCAAGCAUUCUACCUCUAGAGAGAAUUCAAGCAUGGAUUGUUUCAAGUUGACUCUCAGCAUUAAAGCUAAUCUUUCAUGGUGUAUGCAAAAACCAACCUCAUCCCCUUAAGUAACAUUGUUUAGAGUGAUGCACAUAGAGAGUUGAGUUCAAGUCGGUGACCUGCUAAGUUUCAGAAAGCAAUAUAUAUGGCUUAAGCAAUAAAAUACAUGUACUGCCUAUAUAUGUUCAUUCAAAACUAACUGUGCUUAACAAACAAUAGCAUUAGUCCUGUCUUGCACAAUCAUGAGAAGAAAUUCAUGGAACACAGUUGAACUUCCAUCAAACAAAUAUUACUCAAAAAAAAAAAAA